GCAGCCACUCUCUGGGACCGCUCUGCACGCGCGCGGUGCCGUUCCGCACGGCAACCUGCAGAGCCCCGCUAGCUAAAAUCUAAUUUCAGAUUGGACAACUGGGUCUUGCAGCCUUUCCACUGCCUCCUGGUCUUCUGGGAGUCUCCUGUUAAUGAGGCCCUCUGCCUGGCUCUUGACCUGAUGAUCACUGGCCUGGCUGUUGGAUCAGCUGAGGAGGACAUGUGGAGGGACCGCAAUGCCCGGGGGAGGUCAGGAACCAGGGAGCUACUACGUGGGUGUGGACGUUGGAACGGGCAGUGUGCGUGCGGCUCUGGUGGACCAGAGGGGAGUCCUUUUGGCUUUCGCAGACCAGCCAAUUAACCAAUGGGAGCCUCAGUUCAACCACCAUGAGCAGUCCUCGGAGGACAUCUGGGCCGCAUGUGGUGUUGUCACAAAGAAAGUUGUACAAGGGAUCGAUGUAAACCGAAUCCGAGGGCUUGGGUUUGAUGCUACAUGUUCUCUGGUUGUUCUGGAUAAGCAGUUUCGUCCUUUACCAGUAAACCACGAAGGGGAUUCCCACCGAAACAUCAUCAUGUGGCUGGACCACCGGGCGGUCAGUCAGGUCCACAGGAUCAACGAAACCAAGCACGGCGUCCUGCAGUGUGUUGGGGGCGUGAUGUCAGUGGAAAUGCAAGCCCCGAAGCUUCUGUGGCUGAAAGAGAACUUAAGAGAGACUUGCUGGGAUAAGGCGGGACAUUUCUUUGAUCUCCCAGACUUCUUAUCGUGGAAGGCAACAGGUGUCACAGCACGGUCUCUCUGCUCCCUGGUGUGCAAAUGGACAUACUCAGCAGAGAAAGGCUGGGAUGACAGUUUCUGGAAGCUGAUCGGCUUGGAAGAUUUUGUUGCGGAUAAUUACAGCAAAAUAGGAAACCAAGUACUGCCUCCUGGAGCUUCUCUUGGAAAUGGGCUCACACCAGAGGCAGCCAGAGAGCUUGGACUUCCUGCUGGAAUUGCGGUGGCAGCCUCACUUAUUGAUGCCCACGCAGGAGGCCUAGGAGUGAUUGGAGCAGAUGUGAGAGGGCAUGGCCUUGCCUGUGAGGGACAGCCAGUGACGUCACGGCUGGCUGUCAUCUGUGGAACAUCUUCUUGUCACAUGGGGAUCAGCAAAGACCCAAUUUUUGUACCAGGUGUCUGGGGCCCUUAUUUCUCAGCCAUGGUCCCUGGGUUCUGGCUGAAUGAAGGUGGUCAGAGCGUUACUGGAAAAUUGAUAGACCACGUGGUGCAGGGCCAUGCUGCCUUCCCUGAACUACAAGCCAAGGCCACAGCCAGAUGCCAAAGUGUAUAUGCAUAUUUGAACAGUCACCUGGAUCUGAUUAAGAAGGCUCGGCCUGUGGGUUUCCUCACUGUUGAUUUACAUGUUUGGCCAGACUUCCAUGGCAACCGGUCUCCCUUAGCAGAUCUGACACUAAAGGGCAUGGUCACCGGGUUGAAACUGUCUCAGGACCUCGAUGAUCUUGCCAUUCUCUACCUGGCCACAGUUCAAGCCAUUGCUUUUGGGACCCGCCUCAUCAUAGAGGCCCUGGAGGCGGCAGGGCACUCUCUCAGCACUCUUUUCCUGUGUGGAGGCCUGAGCAAGAAUCCCCUUUUUGUGCAGAUGCAUGCAGACAUUACAGGCAUGCCUGUGGUCCUGUCGCAAGAGGUGGAGUCUGUUCUUGUGGGCGCUGCUAUUCUGGGUGCCUGUGCCUCGGGGGACUUCGCUUCUGUACAGGAGGCAAUGUCUAGAAUGAGCAAAGUUGGGAAAGUUGUGUUUCCCAGACUUGAGGAUAAAAGAUACUAUGACAAGAAAUACCAAGUAUUCCUGAAGCUGGUUGAACACCAGAAGGAAUAUGCAGCAAUCAUGAAAGGAGACUGAGCAGAGCAUGCAGGUGCCAGUGCCAGAAGGUUCUGCGUCACUACAUCAGGGAUUUCUGUCUUAUCUUAUAUUCAAGACCCUUUAGGUAUCACUCUAUCAUUUCUGUAUCGUCUCUUAAUAAAGGCAACCAAGACGUGUGCAACCAGAA